AUGACGGCUCGGCGGUGCCACCUCCCGCCGCCAGCCGUUCGCCCGUCCCAGGUGGCGGCCAGCCUGUUCCUGCCAGCUGGCCGCGGCUACGACUGGUCCACUGCUGGCUACCGUGUGACCUUCAACAUCAGAGACCCGCCGUUCAACGCGGCCGGCGACAACUCCACAGACGACACGGAAGCGUUCAAGGUGCUGCUGCGGCGCGCCGAGGCGGUUGUGGAUGCGGCCAACGCCAGCCCGGGUGGCGGCGUCAUCCUGCUCCCCGCCGGCACCUACAUCCUCAAGGAGCCGCUGGUGGUUAACCGGUCGGGCGUGGUGUUCCGCGGCGAGGGGCGCGGCGCCACCACCAUCCGCAUCCCGCUCUCCCUCUCAGACAUCUUCAACGGAACCUGGUACAUUGAUGGUAAUGGCAAGCCCCAGCACAGCAUCCGCCCCGACAACCGCCUGGCGUUUGUGGCGGGGGUGGUGCCGGCGGGGGCGUACCGCAUCCCGGUCACCAGCACCAAGCUGUUCACUGUGGGCUCCUGGGUGCGCCUCUACCUCAACGACAACUCAACCGACUGGGUCGACAAGGGCGGAGGAGGCGACCGCCGCCGCCGCCACCGCCGCCUGAUGGCCGGCGGCGGCGACACGGCGACCACAGCUGCCAUCGUCGACCCGGCCACCAGCAGGCACCUGGGCAAGCUGGUCACGCGGCCCGUGGACCCCGCUCUGCUGAGCAGCCCCGUGUUUGUGGCAGCCAUGGAGGCGGCCCUGAAGUUUAGAGAGGAGGACGCGGGGCUGAGCCCCGUGGAGGCGCUGGCGGCCAGCGGCAUCGCCCCGCCGCCGCCAGGCAAAGUCUCCACCGCCACCGCCGCGCCCGGAACCAUCACGGCCUGGGUGUACGGCGACAACAUCGCGGACAGCGGCGUGGUGAACAACACGCUGAGGAGGGACGACAUCAGCCUGAUUGCCAGGGUGGAGGCCAUCGGCAGCGGCUACAUCGACCUGGACAGGGAGCUGCCCUUCCCAAUCCAGGAGGGGUGGGAGGGCCUGUUCCUCCGCUACCUGCCCACGGUGGAAGACGGCGGCAUGGAGCAGCUGACCAUCGCCUUUGACCACGAGAUGCUGCCGGUGCCGCCUCACUUCACUGACAAGGGGUACAAUGCCAUCAUGAUGUACUAUGCGGCAAACAUGUGGCUCAAGAAGGUCACCAUCGUCAACGCCGACAACGGCUGCUUUAACGAUCAUACGGACAAGUCCACCUUUAAAGAUGUGACGGCGACCGUGACGUCCCGCCGCUGGGUGGACUCUCUGUUCAACCAGGCAGUCAACGGCCACCACCCCAUCCUCCUGGCACACUCCCAGAGCAACCUGGUAGACGGGUGGGUGGACAUCCACGACGUGUCUGUGCAGAGCGGCGCCAUGCUCAACGUCGUGACGCGGGGCCGCGGGCAAGAUGUCAACUUGGACCACCACCGCCAGGCGCCCUUUGCCAACCUGUUCACAGACUACGACAUGGGCUUUGGCACCCGACCCUUUGGCUCCGCCGGCGCCUCCCCCCGGGGCGCACACUCGGGUGGGGCAGGCGGCACGUUUGCCUAG